UCUACUGAUCCUCUCAACAACCCACUCAAUUUGAAUGUGUAUAAAUGGUAUGUGGGACCGACGUUGUCUGCUUGUCGGGGUUGUUGCCUUUUCUGCUGGAUCCGUUCUGAGAAAUGGACGCUCAAGCAGGCCGCCAUCUUGUCUCACUCACACCCUUUUUUGCCCAUUCAGGUGAUCCACUGCAGCGGCUACCUGAAGGUGAGGUCGGUGCUGGUCAACGGCUUUGCUUACCGACAGAAUCUGGGCCUCAUCGGCUUCGCCUACGCUCUGCCUUCACCCAACACCAACUCCACCGAAGUCCGGCUCUCCAGUGACAUGUUCAUGUUUCGUGCCAGUCUCGACAUGAAGCUCAUCUUCCUCGAGGGCAGGUAG